GAAACAAAUUCUAAAACCUGAGUUGCAGAAUUCAUACGGGAACGGAUUCAGUGUGGUACAAUAAUACAACCAUUUAAAAACGCAACUUCGCAUGGUAGACAGUACGAAGGGGCAGUGGUACUAUUGUGGCUCGGUUUACGGAAUACCACGGAAGACAUAGACGGCGAAGAUCGAUAGUGAUCCAAUUACCUUAGUGCUAAUGAAAGGAAAUAAUGUGACAGUGUUUUCAACUGCUUCAAAUUCAGUCGUAUUCCGCGAAUCGUCGAACCAACAGACGCUUCGACCGCUCCCGUGAACAAACUGCUACGGAUGUUCCCAGUGCUUGACAUAAGUUAAUUAGGAGUAGUCGAAUAAACGCAGGAAAAAAGUAUCAUUCAAAAUUGCGAAACCUUUUGUUUGUGCUGUUCAGGUGUGUUUUUCAGUUCCUUUUGAAAGCAUUUUGAUUAACAGGGCCAUCUGUCACCCGGCGCAGAUCCCGACGCGAACGUGUCCCCCUACAAAAUGGAUUUCGACGAAUACCGCAAAAGAGGCAAAGAAAUGGUUGACUACAUCGCCGACUACCUGCAGAACAUCCGCGAGAGGCGAGUCCUGCCAGACGUAAAGCCAGGCUACAUGCGCGACCUGCUUCCCGAUUCGGCCCCCCUCGAUGGUGAACCCUGGCAAACGAUCAUCGAUGACGUCGAGCGGGUAAUAAUGCCGGGCGUAACGCACUGGCAAAGUCCCCAUAUGCAUGCCUACUUUCCGGCGCUUAACUCUUUCCCCUCGCUGCUGGGUGAUAUGCUCGCGGAUGCUAUAAAUUGCCUCGGAUUUACUUGGGCCUCGUCCCCGGCGUGUACCGAGCUGGAGUCAAUCGUGAUGAACUGGUUGGGCAAAAUGAUUGGCCUGCCGGAUGCGUUUCUGCACAUUCCGAGCAUCAGUAGGGGUGGCGGUGUGAUUCAAACGACUGCCAGUGAGGCAACUCUGGUCUGUCUGCUAGCAGGACGUACGGUGGCUAUAAAAAGAUUUCACGAGCAUACGCCCGGUCAGCAAGAUGCAGAAAUCAACGCCCGCCUUGUCGCGUACUGCUCGGAUCAGGCUCACUCAAGCGUCGAGAAGGCAGCCAUAAUCGGAUUGGUGCGAAUGCGAUAUAUCGAAGCAGACGAGAAUCUCAGUCUGGGUGGUCGCGCCUUGGAGGAAGCCAUCAAGGAAGACAUCAAGCAGGGACUCAUUCCGUUCUGGGUUUGCGCCACCUUGGGCACCACCGGAGCUUGCGCUUUCGACAACCUGCAGGAAGUUGGAGAAGUAUGUGCUAGAUACAACAUGUGGGUACAUGUUGACGCUGCGUACGCCGGAAGCGCUUUUAUCUGUCCCGAGUUCCGUGUGUGGUUGAAGGGCAUCGAUAAGGCCGAUUCGAUUGCGUUCAACCCGUCCAAGUGGUUGAUGGUGCACUUUGACUGCACCGCGAUGUGGAUCAAAAACAGUGGAGCCCUCCAUCGAACGUUCAAUGUUGAACCUCUCUAUCUACAGCACGAAAAUUCUGGAUUGGCUAUCGAUUACAUGCACUGGCAAAUUCCGCUGAGCAAACGUUUUCGUGCGCUGAAAUUGUGGUUCGUUCUGCGCAGUUACGGCAUCAAAGGCCUCCAGAAGCAUAUCCGAGAGGGUGUCCGGCUGGCCCAGAAAUUCGAAGCCUUGGUGCUGGCAGAUCAUCGGUUUGAAAUUCCUGCUGCGCGUUAUCUCGGGAUGGUGGUGUUCAGAAUUCGCGGCGAAAACAAUCUUACUGAGAAACUGUUGAAGAAACUGAACCAUCGUGGCAAUAUGCAUGCCGUUCCGGCGUCUCUGAAGGGUAGAUACGUUAUCCGGUUCACCGUCACUUCAACUCGUACAACCAGUGAGGACAUUCUGAAAGAUUGGAAUGAAAUAAGAACCGUCACUAGUCAGCUGUUGGAAGAGAUGAAUGUAAAGAUUGCGGAUAGGUCAAGAGUUCCUUUGAAAGAUACUCGCGAGAAGAACGAAGCUUUCGGAUCUAGCCUUCUGCUGGCUAAUUCUCCCAUGUCACCAAAGAUUGUAAAUGGAUCAUUCGCUGCGAUUUACGAUGCGGACGAGUUUCUAGCUAAAGUGUACGCUGGUAUAAGGAUUUCGAAUCAAGAUUCACCUGCCAUGAAACGGCGUGUCCGGGGAAUUCUGAUGUCUGGCAAACAGUUUUCGCUGGAUUCCCAUAUGGAUCUGGUAGUACACGGUAUCAGUCCGAACGAAGUCAAAAAUGGCAUCGAAUCCAAAGCCAUUACCGAAGAUUGCGAGGAGGUUUGGGAAGCUUGUGAACAGAUGGAGAUAGUCGAACAAGAUUCCGUGGAGAGCUUGGACAGUCGCUUCCUGCUUCCAAUCCCGAUCCCCUGCGCAUCGCCGCCACCAUCACCACGUCGUCGGUUCCGAUCGCAAAGCAUAGAUGUCGGCAUGCUUCACGCCCCAACUGAGAUCCAAAACAUGCAGAGAUUACUAAACGUAUCGAUCGGCCACAAAUCUGAACCCUACUAUUCCGAUUACUCGCUGAAUCAGAUUUUUCUGUCUCCAUCCGCUUACGCCUCCAAUGCUUCAUCGGCCAAAGUAUCAUUCGAGUCCAAUCUGGACUCCAUCGACGAGAACAGUUCCGUCAAAAUUCCAGCGUCGAAGCGUCGCUGCUCAGACAGUCGUCAACUGUUGUCACUUGCCGGACCGAACUUGUUCCCGGAAAAACGUCUUUCUGAACCCUCCAUUCGGUGCGCGUUCUACAAUAAAAGCUUCGACGUAAUGUCUCCCAAAGUGGGAGAGUCCUCCAAGCGUGUCCUAUCACAGAAUGACCUCACGAGGCGACCUUUUCGAAGACAGAUUUCCACCAUCGACGAACGGAUUGUGGAUGAAGUGGGUGCCGAUGGUGGAACGCAGGAUCGGAACAAGAUGAAUCUUAUAGCGCCCAAGUUCCAGUGCUGUAUCUCGGAUGAGGAUGGACGCUGCAUCAAUUUUGAUCCAAUCUACCAUAAUCAUGAUCCGGAAUUGAAUGCAAAGGAUCUGCUGCGAGAACGGUUGAAAUUCGAGGAGGAUUUUGUGGAAAAGUUCGAACAGGUAUGUCCCCAGAUUACCGACGAGGAUCGAGUACGGGAUGAGUUCACGAGUUGUGGUUCGGAUGAAACGGUUGGUAUUCGAAGCCGUCAUUGUGAUGAUGAAGUUAUAUAUGAGAAUGUGAAAAUUUGUCGAAAGUGUGGACAUUGUACUGUUAGGUUAUAAUAUAAGGUGUGUUGCUUUCAUAAUAUCUACUAUCAUACAAUUAAGCCUAUGAACUCAACGUAUAGUAGUUUAGGAAUAGUUUUAAAAUAUUCACUGUGGUUGUUAUGUUCCGUAGGUACAUACAUGUUAGAACAGCGGUGGUCUUGCUCUACGGCUAAUAAUCUGAGAAUGAUUUUCUUCUUAAGAAGAAAUUCACCAUGCUGACAUUGACACCCGUUGGUCAUGAUCGCGGAUUUUUCGUCGUGAAUAGAAUGAAGAUUUUGCUAAGACCACCGCUGCUCAUUAAUUUAGGACUAUAGCCUUAGUUGUACAAGACCAAAAUCCAAGUAUCUAAUACACAUCGUCAAACCUAUCUGCUGUGCGUGUCAAUAAGUUGCCAAAUCCGUUGCGAUUAGCUCGAUUCAAUCGAAUCCAUGGUUGUUCAACGCAUCCACUUAAUAGCAUCUAGUAGGAAAAGACAACCAGUAAACAUGUGUUAGCAUUUAGUAUUAAGAAAUGUAUAAAGCAAGUAAAUAUUGAUACACUAAUAAAAAUAGACGCGAACCACUCAAUCGAGCCGCAAAAUAGCUGCAAAUCAACAGCAAAUAUUUCUGCGUUACUAACUAAAUAUGCGUCAUUGGUGAAUGCGGCAUUGCAAAAACCAACCAACAAACAAACUUCCUAAUUAAAUAGUUAAGUGUACGUACAUCGGUGUAUUCGCUCGCAUCAGCCCGUCAGUUAACCAGUGCAACCGAAGGUACCCAAAAAAGGGGGAACUAGCAAACAAAUCGUAACCAAUUAUAAGUCCAAGCCAUUGAACUGCAAUCACGCGAAUCUA